GACAGCGGGCUGUAUCCAUGUCCACUCUGCAUAAGCACAGCGUACACGGACCUAGAGUACAUGGAUGCAGGGGUGGACUGACAACUCAUGGGGUCCCCGGGCAAUAGGGGAUCAUGGGGCCCCUGUGUCCUUGCCCAAACUCAAAAAAGCCUAUGAAAAAGGUACCAGGGGCAUCUCAUUGGGCCCCCUACUGACCCCGGGCCCUCUGGCAGUGCCCGAGUUUCCAAAUGGUCAGUCCGCCCCUGUU